AUCAAAAUCAGGCACUACUGUUUCGGAUUUAUUGGAGUUCGUUUGUUUCAUGUUUCGUUUUCAGUUGGCUUAGAAAGAUUCGGUUCAAGAUGCCGGUAAUGGACGUGGACACCGCGCUGCAGACCAUAGGCUUUGGCUGCGCGCAGGUGAUCAUCUUCUGGGUGAGCUUCUUCCUCUACAUGUACUCCGUGUGCGAGUCGAUGAGCAUCUCCUACCUGGUGGUGCUCACGGCCUGCGAGUUCGCGACGACGCAAGGGGAGAAGACCUUCCUGGCCAGCUCGGUGCUGAGCGGCAUGGUGUUCUCUGGCUUCUUCGUCGGCUUCCUGGCGGACAAGUACGGGCGCAGGCGAGUGAUUCUGAUCUCGCUGAUCGGAGCUCUGACCGCCUCCGUGAUCUCGGUCUUCAUGCCGGAGCUCUACUCGCUGGCCAUCAUGCGGAUGGUCGUGGGGAUCUUCCUCUCCGGACUCGCCUCCCUGCAGGUGGCCUUCCUGGGCGAGUUCUACGCCCCCAAUUGGCGACCCACCGUGGUCACCGUGUGCAGCCACUCGGUGACAGCGGCGCUCAUCUACUGUCCCCUGGUGGCCAUGUUCUACCUGCCCACCAACUACAGCUGGCUGGUCAGCAGCAGCUACAACAUGCGCACCUGGCGCUUCCUCAUGCUGAUCGUCCAGAUCCCCGGCUGGAUCACCCUGGUGGGCCUGCUGUUCGUGCCGGAGACGCCGCACUUCCUCAUGUCCGUGCAGCGCCAGGACCAGGCCGUGAAGGUGCUCCAGUGGAUCGCCCGCCUGAACAGGAAGAAGUGGGAGGACUUCGACAUCUCGCUGGCCGAGGACCCGCGCAAAACGAUCGUCGAGCAGCAGAGCUUCUUCCGCAACUUUAUUUACGAGAGCUUCCGCCUCUUCCAGCCGCCCUACGUGGUUACGUACGUCAUCAGUCUGCUGCUCAUCUUCGGGCUGUUCUUCACAUCCCUUGGCCUGGGCAUCUGGUUCCCGGUCAUCCGCAACAUGGACAACUCGGGCGACAACCGGCUGUGCGACCUGGUGGUCCAGAACCCGAACAUGCACGACCUCGAGGGGUCGGCCAACGCCACGGAGGUCGAGCCGCCGGUCUGCGUGGACACGAUGACCAACCUGGUGGACCCCAUCUACUACGCCCUGGCCUACAUGGGCUGCUACCUGCUCUCCACGCUGCUGCUGCAGUGCCUCAUCCGCAAGUACGUGCUCACGCUGCACUGCUCGGUGGCCUUCAUCCUGGGCGUUUCGCUGAACGGCCUUUCGCAGCCGACGCUGGUGCUGAUCUGCUUCGUGGGCAUGAUGACGAUGCCCGGGGUGCUCAUCCCGCUGGCCACCUCCGUGCUCAUCGACGCCCUCCCGAUCCACCUGCGCGGCAAGGCGAUCUGCAUGGUGCGAUCUCUGGCCAGAACCGGAGCUGUUCUCGGCAGCACCCUGGUGGGGUUCCUCAUCCACGUCUCCUGCGACCUCACCCUCAACGUGUUCAACUUCUACCUGGCAGUCUGUAUCGUCCUGACCAUCUUUCUACCCAAGUAACGGCCACGUCUGCAAACCCAUCUAAAUUGUGCGUGUUUUAUACAGUUGGUUCCCAGUUUGCAAGGAAAUGAUUCUCAAUUGACUGUCCAGGAUUAUGAAGUAACCCAAUAGCAUUGUAUAGCAUUUGCAGUCAAAAUGCUAGGUACAAACCGCUUACCCUCCUUCCACUUUGUAGUGUGUAAUCUGGUCUGCAUGUACAUUCUAAACUUUGUAAUCUUGAUAAAUCUUUCAAUGAAGAUUUUCCGAACAAAAA